GGAAGAGGCGUACGAGAAAUCGAAACAAAAUGUAAACGGUACACAUAGAAAAUAAAAAUAAAACAAAUUUGUAUUUACGCACGUACACCGCCGCUACAAUGUUUGUGUAUUUGUUGUUGUACCGCGGACGCGCACUGGUGGUGGGGCGCGACUCGUAGGCGUACACCGGGGGACCGUUGUACCUACUCUACGGACAUUUCAUCAACGGUUCAUUCGCGCUCGUACCGCCGACAUGUGUAGCAGGCCCACCGACGACGGCUCGGAGCCUAACUCGCAGGCCAGCCUGAACCGUUACCGUUUACAUUUGUACAACUACGCGUUGCAAGCCGAACGGCUUCGCCUAUCUGCUAGUGGAUGGGGUGCCGUCUGCCCCGUGUAUCCGACCGCGGCUACCGGACUAUAUCCUCCCAGGUUUCCGGUAACUCUAUUCCAUCCGGGCGGUCAGAAUCCGGACGAGCCUAAGCCACAACAUAGUUACAUCGGGCUCAUCGCCAUGGCCAUAUUACAAUCGUCCGAAGGCAAACUCGUGCUGUCUGAUAUCUACCAGUACAUACUAGACAAUUACCCGUACUUCCGCACCAGAGGACCGGGUUGGAGAAACUCCAUAAGACACAAUUUGUCGUUGAACGACUGUUUCGUCAAAGCUGGUAGGAGCGCUAACGGCAAGGGCCACUACUGGGCCAUUCAUCCAGCCAACGUAGACGACUUCAAGAAAGGAGACUUCAGGCGACGGAAAGCCCAACGCAAAGUCCGUCGGCACAUGGGUUUGUCCGUGGACGAUGAUGGUAACGACUCGCCCAGUCCACCUCCACCGCCGUCACCUUCCGUAGCCGCGUUGUCGCCGGCCAUGUGGCCGUCACCGCCGCCCGUAGUGCCGCCACCUUUCUUUUUUCAACCCCAACCGAUGCAAUCAGCCCCUACCACGGCCAGGUCGCAAAAGAGACAAUUUGAUGUGGCCUCUUUACUCGCGCCGGAUCCUCCUAAAAAACAAAAAACAACCACCGGCAGUAGUGACGAAGAUGAAGAAACGAGGACUUGGGAACCAAGUUUAUUGCAGCGGUACUAUGAGCAACAGUUACAAGCCGCUCAUCGGCUACAAGCUUUUCGGCAGACUUUGGGUCUUCAAAGGAUGAUAGGUCCUUGGUCAGGUGUAAUCGUUGAUCGGAAUCGGACACCAACUCCUCCGCCGCAACAGUUUACUACGCCUAGCGAUCCUAUCAAAACUGAAAUAGUUGACUGAAAUGGUUACUCUUACUUUUGAUCAAAUGUAAGCUGUUAAUAAAAGUUACUUUUUAGAUUUAUUAAUUAAUUAGAUAGUUGAACGUUUCAUUUUUUUUUUUGUCUCUGAAAUAAUACCCUGAGAAUUUUCAAAAAUUACAAAAGUAUUAGUUUUUAACAAAAGAACCAAUUUUUAUUAUAUUUCAAUUUAAAGUACUAUUUACAUUAAUUAUAAUGAUAACAAUUGAAAAAAAACUAUGUCUUUUCAAAAUGAACAACUGAAAUAGAUAUGAACGUUCUACUAUUUUCGGUUGUAUCGGACUAAUAAAACGAAAAUGUAUAAUUAUGAUUUUAAUAGUGACAAACAAUUGCAAGGAAAAUUAUUAUUCCAUUUUUUUAUUCGAUAAAUUUGUAUUACAUGCGAAAAAUCUUGAAAGUUAAAGUAAUAAUAAUUCUCAAUGUUAUUAUUUAUUAUUCUAUGUUAAAUAAUAUAUUUAGAUUUUAAUUGUUAAAGAAAUGAAACAAUACAUUUUAUACAUUUCUGUUUUAUGUAAAUAUUGUGUAAAAUAAAAGUAAUAUAAAUCUAAUU